GCCGGCCGUAGAUGGGAAUAGAUGAACACGACGGACUAAGAAAGGGAGGGACUCUGAAGACGUACUAUCGGGACUAUUACGAUUAGUCUUUGGGUGUCAGGUUGGGCCCAGAAAGAUGAUGAUACCAUCUCCAAACGUCCACAGGGUUGCAGAUCACGCACCCUCGGAUCAAGAUCUACGGCGGGGUAUUGAUGUGGACGGUGAGCCGGCUGUUAGAAACCUCCUUCCUACGAUGUCCUCUGCGGAACAUCAACAUCAACGAUCCCCUCUAGGGACCUUGCAAUUAGCCCGAAGUGGUGCUGGGAUCCCGAUCCAUCAUCGCAAAUCUGGUCUGUCACCCUUCUCAGAUGGGCUCGGCGCGCCUUCGGCAAUUAGGGCGCGUCUUAGCAGCCGAUCACCGAUUGCUGAUGGGCGGAGUCCAUCUUCUGCAGCGAGAUUGGGCUUUGGCAAACGACAACAACAAGAACAAGAACAACAACAAGAAGAAGAAGAUUGGGGUAGGCUUGCGAGAGAGGGAGCGAGAGGAGAGGAGGUGAAGGAGGACAGAGGGAUCCCGAUGGCCAAUGAUCAUAGGGGGUUAUGGAUGGGAGCGUCUCCGAACCGGAAACGCGCGCGGGUGCUGAUUGGUUCCCCGUCAGCGGAGGUUGGAGGAGGCUCGGGGUCGGGAUCGGGAUCGGGAUCGGGAUCGGGAGCGGGGAGAGCGUUGCGAUUCCGACACCCAGCGUCUCUUCUUCGUGGCUCAGAAGGGUCAGAUCCUCCUCCCUUGUCAUCAAGAAGCCUUGUCGGGAGCCCAAUAUUAAUGCUAGAGGAGGGGAAUCGGGACUUACUGAGGAGCGGUCUGGUGGACGUCAGAAGCCGGGGAAGAUUGAUGGCGACAAGAAUGGAUGACGUCCAUCAAGAACUAGCAGCGACGGGACCGAGGGGUGGAGGAGGAGAUGGAGGAGGAGGAGGAGGAGGAGGAGGAGGAGGAGGAGGAGGACAGGGCAGGCAUUCCAUCGAAAGAGGAGGACGGGAUGAUGAACGCAAUGUUGAAGAUGGGAAUGAUUGCAAUGACAUUGUCACGGGUCGAUAUCUUGAUCUUGCAGAAGGUGGCUUUCCAGCUAUUGAUCCGCUGGAAUGGGACUCGAUGCGGUGUACUUACAAGUGCAAGAACAUGGUGAAAUCAGAGUUUCUGGAGAAGCUUGCAGCGAAAGAGAUGGAGGUAAAAAAGCUAGAAGAUGAGAUCAAGGCAUUGCAAACAGAGAAGGAAGCAUCUGAAAUGGAAAGGGGAAGCAUGCGCAAUCGCAUAGAUGCACUCGAGCAAGCACUGGCAGCUGGAGCUGAGAGAGAAAGAGCGGUCAACGAGCAGCGGGCCAAGGAGGCCGAGAGCGCAGAGAACCUUCUUCGGCAGCAGAUGCGACGUUGCCAUGAGCUUCAGUCCCGAGUACAGGAGGAGAUGGACGCCAAGUCGAUGACGGAGGCUGAAUUGAGUGCGGCACAGGCUCGCGCUGCUGAAGCAGAGCAGCGAGUAGCGAAACUCGUUGACGACUCGAAGAAAGAUCUGCGCAAGCUGCAGGCUGAACUCGACAAAGAGCGAGCGAAGUUCGAGUCUGAAGCUUCUCGAUUGAAAGGGGAGUGCCAUGCAGAAAAACAAAGAGCGGAGGCAGUCAAUGCGGAGCUCAACUUGUUUCAUGAGGAGAUGGAAAAGAUGCAGCGUGCCCUUGCAGAGAGUGUGCAAACCAAGCGUGACCUUGAGGCUCAGCUGGCGGAGGCGCUGAUUGCCGCCAAUGCAGUUCGAGCGAGGUCGAACUUGGAAGCCGAGGAAGUGAUCAAACAGCUGACCGAGGAAUUGACUCACCAGGCUGAGAAGAUGGAGGAGGCUGAGAAGAUGGAGGAGGUGAGGAUCUUGAAGCAGCAACACACAAAUGUAGGUCUCCUCAAAGAGAAGCUUGAGGCUGCAGAGGCAAGGGCGGAGAGGGCGGAGAGGGCCAUCGCAGAUGCGGAAGAAGCACAGAUCAAGGUCACGGCGUUGCAGAGCGAAUUGGACGAAUGGGUAGCAAUGGCGAAGGGCCUCUCGGGUGUUGUAGACGGCAAAGCCGACAUCCCGAGGAGGAUGGCGGAACUGCAGAGGGAGGUCAUUAGCACAACAUCGAAGUGUGGGGAGAUGGCGGCGGAGGUGGCUCGUCUGGAGACAGCAUUGGCGAAUGCAGAAGCUGCAAGGCGAGAUGCAGAAAGCGAGUUGGAGGCGUGUAAAGCGGCGGUUGAGGAGGGGAUUUCAAAACUUACGAUGUCCAAGUGUAAGGCAACAUCGCUGGAGAGAGAAUGCGAAGGUCUGCGGAAGAUCUUGAGCACGUACGACCAAGAGGAAGCGGGAGGCAGCGAUGCGAUUGGCCAAGGCGAUGGUGGAGGAAAUAGUAGGGCUUUCCGAAUGGCAAAGCUUGUGCGACUUCAGGAGGUGGAGAGCUCGUUAUGUGAUGCGCGUGGACAGAUCAGGCGCUUGGAAGUAAUUAUCGAAGAGAAGUCUGCCGUUGCAGUGCAAGAACGAAUGUUAGCAGAGGAACGUCAGAGAAUAAUUGAUGCUCAAGCCAAUCAAAUGAAGGCUUUGGAGAGAGAAGCCCAGCACUUGGGACGAGAGGUGGCGAUCCUUCAGUCCAGAGUUGGCAAGGGCUACUGCGACCGAGCGACGACAAAAGUUUUGCACCUGAAGUUUAACCCGGAAGCUGAGGCGCGAAGGGAAUCACAAAUUGCAGAGCUGGAGCGACUAAGAGAAAAAGUCAAAGAGCUGGAAAACAAAAUGAAAAGCGGAUUUGACGUGAACGAGAAACAAGGGAAAUCAGUAGAAAAUAAUGCCCAGAUUGGCGCUGGUGGAAGCAGUAAGGAAAUUGCAAUGCUUUCGAGGCGCAUUGCCGCGCUGGAGAAGAGAGAAGCAAGGUUAAAACAAGUGUUUGCGGAAAAGAUCACAUGUUUUAGGGAGGCGGUCUAUUUUCUGUUUGGCUAUAAGAUAGACAUGUCGGAGUCGAAGAAUAGUUUGACAGGGCAGAUGGUGAACACAUUCGGGAUCCAUUCCAUGUUCACCGACGACCGCGAUCACCUGCAGUUCACAUACCAGAACGGACGGAUGGAUAUGCUGGCAAACGAGUUCUCGACAUCAGAUGAAAUCGCUCCACAGGUGGAAACCUAUUUAAAGAGGUUCAAAUGCAUACCAGCGUUUACGGCGAAUCUGACAAUGGAACAAUUUAAUAAGCACACGAUGGGAUAAGCUUCAGAGGAGGGAGGACGAGGAUGUGGCGUGCACUGUACCUAGGAGAUAAUGCUAUCAAUGAUUGUUACCUGGCUCUCGUAGCGAAUACUUGGGCUUUUUUUUCAUGUUAGAUCCUUUCCACAAUCAGACAAUCGGAUGGAGGUCGGCAGAGCAUUUGCGAGUUGUUCUUGAGAGGGGGACCAUUGACCUCCUCCUCCUCCCCCCCCCCCCCCCCCCCCCCCCCCCCCCCCCUCUCUCUCUCUCUCUCUCUCUCUCUCUCUCUCUCUCUCUCUCUCUCUCUCUCUCUCUCUCUCUCUCUGUGUGUGUGUGUGUGUGUGUGUGUGUGUGUGUGUGUGUGUGUGUGUGUGUGUGUGAUGAUGUGCUCGUCUCUUCUCUAGGAGUGCUGUUUUGACAUGUUGCCGAUCUUGGAAGUUGAAAUGCAUUUCGGCUGUUUUCCCCAAGCCGCUUGUCAUCAACUUCUCGGAUGUGAUUCUAGAAAUGUGCGUUCAACGGCAUUGGAUUUUUCGGGAUUUCCUUGUCGCUGGUUUGUCAACAAUGCAUCGAAAAUUGGAAAAAAAAAAAGGGACCAAAACAAAGAAGAGAUAUUCGAAGUCUGUUGUCAUCAAAGUUUUUGCAAGGAAAAUGAGCGAGAGCGAUAGAUAGAAAACCAAAUUCCAAUAUCACGUUGAAGACCAGAUAGUCGUGUACCACGCAGAAAGCGCAAUGCAGUGGGAUACAAGCCAAAUAAGAGCAGGACAAUGAACUCAAAUGUCAAUG